CAGCUGUACUGCGUAUGCAAACAUGGACAUCAGGAAUGGAGGAAGUGGGUGCUUGCUUUGGUUCAAUGAUCUGAUCGAUAUUUUGUUUCAAGAUGAGAAAGACACCAUUUUUAUACGGAGGGCUGCAUCAGAACUAGGUAAUGGUGAUAGUGCAAAGGUUAAUACGAAAUCCAAUGCAAAGAAAAGGAUCGUGGUAAGCACUGUGUUGUCCACAGGACUUGUGUUCCUUGGACUAGCCUUGGUCUUGCUCUUGCAUGUUUGGAGAAAGCAGCAGCAGAAAAAACGGAACCCUUGCAGAUGGACGAGAAAUAGCUGUGAAGAGGCUCUCUAAGAAUUCAAGACAAGGACUUGAUGAAUUCAAAAAUGAAGUUAAACAUAUCGUGAAACUUCAGCAUCGGAAUCUAGUGAGGCUUCUUGGAUGCUGCAUUGAAAGAGAUGAAAAGAUGUUGGUCUACGAGUUUUUGCCUAACAAAAGCUUGGACUUCUAUAUUUUUGAUGAAACUCAUAGCUUACUACUAGAUUGGCGUCAGCGCUACAAUAUCAUCAAUGGGAUUGCUCGUGGACUCCUUUAUCUUCACCAAGAUUCGAGACUAAGAAUAAUCCACAGAGAUCUGAAAACCAGCAAUAUUUUGUUGGAUUACGAAAUGAAUCCAAAAAUCUCAGACUUUGGCCUGGCUAGAAGUUUUGGAGAAAAUGAAACUGAAGCCAGUACUAAUAAAGUGGCUGGAACGUAUGGUUACAUAUCUCCAGAGUAUGCAAAUUAUGGACUCUACUCGCUAAAAUCAGACGUCUUCAGCUUUGGUGUAUUGGUGCUAGAAAUAGUGAGUGGCUAUAGGAACAGAGGAUUCAGUCACCCAGAUCACCACCUCAACCUUAUCGGGCAUGCUUGGAUACUGUUCAAACAAGGCAGGUCUCUAGAACUGGUUGGGGAAUCAAAAGUUGAAACACCUUAUUUAUCUGAAGUACUACGUUCGAUUCAUGUGGGGCUAUUGUGUGUGCAAGAAAAUACAGAAGAUAGGCCAAACAUGUCAUAUGUGGUUUUGAUGUUGGGUAAUGAAGAUGAACUGCCUCAGCCUAAACAACCAGGAUUCUUCACUGAAAGGGAUCUUAUUGAAGCAUGUUAUUCAUCAAGCCAGUGCAAACCACCUUCAGCGAACGAGUGCUCGAUUUCAUUGCUGGAGGCAAGAUAGAGUGCUUGUGUUUUUGUUUUGUGUGGUCUUGAUGGUUGUGAAUCUGCCAUAAAACUUCUACUGUGUGUCUGCUGUAAUAAGGUUAUGAAUCUACCAUGCAUGCUUAAUUUCUAUGAGAUUUAAUAACUUUUUUUAGUGAUUAAAGGCA